CCCCCCCCAUCCUCGAAAGAAAGAAAUAAAGACCCCCAACUAAACCGCAGCCGCCACACCACCUGUACCGCAGCCAAAACCAAGCCAACAAGCCAAGCAAGCAACGGCCUCCAUCCUCCCCCCCCCCCCCCACACACACAAGCCUCUCCCUCUGUCUUCCCACUGCCUCCUUCCCUCCCUCCCUCAAGCUCCAGUCUCUCCCUCUCUUUCCCACUGCCUCCUUCCCUCCCUCAAGCUCCAGUCUCUCCCACUGCCUCCUCUCCUCCCUCCCUCGAGCUCCAGUCCCUCCCUCUCUCUCUCUCUCUCUCUCUCUCACACCCUCCCUGAGGAGGCAUGAACCCCAGCGCCCCCAGCUACCCCAUGGCCUCCCUCUACGUCGGCGACCUGCACCCGGACGUGACCGAGGCCAUGCUGUACGAGAAGUUCUCGCCGGCCGGCCCCAUCCUGUCCAUCCGCGUGUGCCGGGACAUGAUCACCCGCCGCUCGCUCGGGUACGCCUACGUCAACUUCCAGCAGCCGGCGGACGCUGAACGUGCUUUGGACACCAUGAAUUUCGAUGUCAUCAAAGGCAAGCCUGUUCGUAUCAUGUGGUCUCAACGUGACCCAUCUCUGCGGAAAUCUGGAGUUGGAAACAUCUUCAUCAAGAACCUGGACAAGUCCAUUGAUAACAAAGCGCUGUAUGACACAUUCUCCGCAUUUGGCAACAUACUUUCCUGCAAGGUGGUCUGUGAUGAGAAUGGAUCUAAGGGCUACGGGUUUGUCCACUUUGAGACCCAUGAAGCGGCCGAACGUGCCAUUGAGAAGAUGAACGGCAUGCUUCUCAACGAUCGCAAAGUGUUUGUGGGUCGUUUCAAAUCACGUAAAGAGCGCGAGGCUGAACUUGGAGCAAAAGCUAAAGAGUUCACCAAUGUGUACAUCAAGAACUUUGGUGAAGAUAUGGAUGACGAGAGGUUGAAAGAACUCUUCAAUAAAUUUGGAGCAUUCUUGAGUGUGAAGGUCAUGACCGACGAUAGUGGAAGAUCAAGGGGCUUUGGUUUUGUCAGUUUCGAAAAGCACGAGGAUGCUCAGAAGGCUGUGGACGAGAUGAAUGGAAAAGAAAUCAACGGGAGACAGGUGUACGUUGGCCGUGCCCAGAAGAAAGUUGAGCGACAGACUGAGCUGAAGCGAAAGUUUGAGCAGAUGAAACAGGACAGAAUCACAAGAUACCAGGGAGUCAAUCUGUACGUCAAAAAUCUGGAUGACGGUAUUGAUGAUGAGCGUCUGCGUAAAGAAUUUUCACCAUUCGGAACAAUUACAAGUGCUAAGGUAAUGAUGGAACACGGACGCAGCAAAGGCUUUGGGUUUGUUUGCUUCUCCUCCCCAGAAGAGGCCACCAAGGCUGUAACUGAAAUGAAUGGGCGGAUUGUCAGCACGAAGCCCUUGUAUGUUGCCUUGGCUCAGCGCAAAGAAGAACGACAAGCUCAUCUGACAAACCAGUACAUGCAGAGGAUGGCGAGUGUCAGAGCUGUACCCAAUCCUGUGAUCAACCCGUACCAGUCUGCUCCACCCUCUGGCUACUUCAUGACUGCCAUUCCCCCUCAGGCUCAGAACCGUACAGCAUAUUACCCAGCAGGUCAGAUUGCUCAACUCCGACCAAGUCCUCGCUGGAAUCCCCAGAGUGUCAGACCCCAACCAUUCCAGAACAUGCCGAGUGGCAUGCGUCCAACAGGCCCUCGACCACCAACCAUCAGCUCAAUGAGACCAACCUCAGCCCAGGUGCCACGUGUCAUGAGCACCCAGAGAGUCGCAAACACAGCAACACAGACGAUGGGUCCUCGCCCAGGCACUACUGCUCCCGGUGUCCGUUCAUUCACACAGUACAAGUACGCUGCUGGAGUUCGCAAUCCUCAACAGCAUCUCAACGCCCAGCCUCAGGUCACCAUGCAACAGCCUGCCGUUCACGUACAAGGCCAAGAACCCCUGACUGCCUCGAUGCUGGCUGCUGCCCCUCCACAGGAGCAGAAGCAGAUGCUGGGUGAACGCCUCUUCCCCCUGAUCCAGAACAUGCAUCCAAGUCUGGCCGGGAAAAUCACAGGCAUGCUUCUUGAGAUCGACAACUCUGAGCUGCUUCACAUGCUGGAGUCCCCUGAGUCUCUGCGCUCCAAGGUUGAUGAGGCUGUAGCAGUGCUGCAGGCCCACCAGGCUAAAGAGGCUGCUCAGAAAGUAGUUGUGCCAAAUGCUGCGGGUGUUUAAUUUUCAGGAGGAAAGGAAGACCGUGAAGCUUGCAUUAUUGAAGAAAAAAAAUCUAAACAUUGGAAAAAGCUUAAAAAAUGAUUAAAACAUCGCAAAAUGAAAAAACCGUACAAAAAAAGAAAGGAAAACCCGUAAGAAAGUUUACGGAACCAAGUCACUGCCAGGUCUGGCAUAAAGUGAUGCUAGUCCUAGACGUAAUGGGAAAAUACCAAAAAAAUUGUAAAAUGAAAAGUUUUCUAGGCCGGGGUAGGUGUUUUAUGCACACAGAAAUGUUAUUUGAUGCAUUCCUUUCUUUAAAAGUUUUGUAAUCCAUUACCGGGGGAAUGCUCAGCAGAUCCACACUGCAUUUAGUUGGCAGUGUGUUUGAUGGUUGAGCAUCAGAAACUGAACGUUUGGAUUAUAGAAUGCUUGCUUUAAUAAAAAUGCUAAUAAUGA